GAAGGCUGUUCCAGCAAUUUCUGGUCGAUGGUUACACUAUGUUAGAGUCCGAGAAACUAGAAUGGCUGCGCAAAAAUCAACCGAAGCUUCGGGUGUCCAAGUACAACUCUUUACAAGAAGAGGGCGACCAAAGUCAAGCUUCAGGUAUAACCAUGGGUAAACGAGUGGUGUUGCCUUCGUCCUUUGUUGGUGGUCGUAGGUUUAUGGAUCAAUUGUACUACGAUGGAAUGGCUAUAUGCAGUAAAGUUGGAUUUCCAGAUUUGUUUAUAACCUUUACAUGUAACCCCAAUUGGCCUGAGAUUCAAAGGGUGCUUGGUCCUCUUCAUCAGAAGCCUCAAGAUCGACCGGAUAUCAUUUCUAGGAUUUUCAAAAUCAAGUUUGAUCAAUUGCUGGCAGAUUUGACCAAAAAAGGUGUUCUUGGCAAAGUCCUUGCUUAUAUGUACACCAUUGAAUUUCAAAAAAGAGGAUUGCCUCAUGCCCAUAUAUUGAUCUUCUUGCAUCCUUCAAACAAAUAUCCAAGACCGGAAGACAUUGACAAGAUCAUUAGUGCUGAAGUACCCGAUCCCGAAACACAACCUCGGCUGUACAAUUUGGUCAAAUCUCACAUGGUUCAUGGUCCUUGUGGUUUGGCAAAUCAAAAAUCACUUUGUAUGAAAGAUGGGAGAUGCACAAAGUUUUACCCUACGAAAUUCCAAAGUACAACUAUAGUGGACCAAGAAGGAUACCCGGUUUAUAGGAGAAGAAACAACGGACACACCAUUCAAAAGAACGACAUCAUCUUUCAUAGUGGUCAUGUUGUUCCUCACAAUCCAAGUUUGUUGUUGAAGUACGAAGCCCACAUCAACAUGGAAUGGUGCAAUCAAAAUACUUCUAUCAAAUACCUUUUCAAAUAUAUUAACAAAGGCUCUGAUAGAAUUUCAGCAAUCAUACAAGCAUGUUGGCGGAUAUUUUCUUAUUCCAUUCAUGGCAGAAAACCAGCCGUAGAAAGAUUGUUUUUUCACAUGGAAGGUGAAAAUUCCGUGUACUACAAAGAUUACGAGCAGGUUGGUGAUGUGUUGCUCAAACCAAGUGUAACAGAGUCCAUGUUUACGGCUUGGUUUGAGGCUAACAAGACUUAUGAGGAAGCAAGAUUACUAACUUAUGGUGACUUUGUUUCUAAAUUUGUCUAUCAUAAACGAAGUCGAAGUUGGAAACCAAGAAAGCGAGGGUAUACCAUAGGUCGACUGAUUUGGGUUCCGCAUUCCACCGACGAGUUGUUUUAUUUAAGAAUGAUGCUUACCGUCAAGAAAGGUCCGUUAUGCUAUCAAGAUAUCAAAACGGUUGAUGGUAAGAAGUGCAACACUUUUAGAGAUGCGUGUUUUGCGAUGGGUUUUUUACAAGAUGAUCGUGAAUUUGUCGAGGCAAUAAAAGAGGCGCAUCUUUGGGGUUCGGGUCCUUUUUUGCGCAAACUCUUUGUGACAAUGUUACUUUCGGGAUCCAUGAAUAGACCUGAGCAUGUUUGGAGAAAGACUUGGAGAUAUUUAUCGGAUGGCAUUCUCUAUGAUCAACGGUUAUUGGCAAGAAAUCAAGUUCUGAGAGCAUGA